CGCCAACACCAGCACGACAGACAGCAGCUCCAGCACAGCAAGUGUCAUAUCCUGAGGAAGAAUGAGUUCAGGAGCAAAGGAUCCGCCACCCUAUAUCGUACCAGUUGACGAAAAAGGGGACAGUGUGAAAGUCUAUAAGGUGCACACGCCUUUCAACCCGGCUAACUCCAACGAUGAUCAGUUCCAACUGAGGACUCACAACUCAAGCGUUCAGGUUUCCUCAGCAGACAAUGCCAAGAACAAGUACGUGAGUUAUGACACGCAACUGGGUCGCUCUCCGGCAAUGGCCACGUGCACGGAUUGUCGGGAGCAGGUGCUGACCCAGGUCACCUACAAAGUGGGCGCCUACGCCUGGCUCAUGUGCCUGCUUUUCAUUUGUUGCGGGUUCAUACUCGGCUGCUGUCUGAUACCAUUCUUCGUAAAGUUCUUCAAAGACGCUUAUCACACGUGCCCCAAAUGCGGUCGGAUCAUCCACGUGGAUAAAAAGCGCUGCUGCUGACCGCGACAUCCUCCCUGAGCUUUUUGCCGCCUCCUGUUUCCGAACGCCGUCGUGCUCAGAUAGCGAAAAUGCCACAGUUGCAGUCAGACCACCGCCUUUUUUUUGAUCGUGGGGUAUUACAGUGAGCUUAUGGACUUUUUCGAGACAACAAAUAGGAACAUUACAGAAUGUAACAUCAACGUAAUUGGCUUACUAAUUGGUUGCAACGCUGGCAUUAGAAGAGCCCUUUGCUUUCACUUGCUUUAAUCUUGUCUGUAUCAGGCUCUGAAAGCCCAAUAUUAAGAUUAUGCUGACCUAUUUUGAGCUACAACAAAAGUGCCCAAAUUCGAUCCUGGAGGGGACAUAGUGCAGCACAAUUUGCUGAUUUCCGUGUCCAAACACACCUUAUUGGAUUCAUCAGCUAGGUUACAGUGGGGAAAUCGCCAAACCGUGCUGCACUUUCACCCUUCACUACUGGGUUUGUGCAAACCCUGCUGAAGGGUUUGAGGGGAAAGUGGGGGUUCUUUUGCAUUGGGCUGUUCACUACAUUUGAGGUCAUAUUAAUGGUCAACCCUGGUAAGAGAACAAUACAAAAAUAAUCAGACCACCUUUGACGCUGAAAUUUGUCUUAUUUAAACUGGCUGGCACAUAAGUACCAAGGCUGGCCAUUAGCUGUCAUUCCUUUUAUUCAUUAUAUAAAAAUAUUGCCGCUAGUCUAAGCACAGGUAUUGCACAUGAAAAUGUUCUUUAAAAACAUAAGGAAUUAGGUUAUAGGAAAUCUCUGGGAUUUGUACAUAAAUCUAUAUAGAAAUAUGUUAAGUUUAGAUUUCUGCUACCAUGUAUACAUUAUUAUUGAUGACUAGACCUACCAUGGCAUUUAUAUUCAUUUAUGGAUUCCUGUUACAGAAUGACUUGUCUGUCAGUUUUUCCAAUCUUCACAUUAUGACAGUCGUUAUAUUGACACCUAGGUACUGUACUAAAUCCAUUUUAAACAUGACAUUUAUAGAGCAUAAUUUGUUCAAUGACUACGAAGUGAUCAGUUUUCAUCUUAUGUGGGCUAUGGGCUUUUAAUAUCUCAUCAUUGACCCAUCUUUUAAUACUUCCUAUUUAUCAUCUGAAACAGCAAGCAUUCUAUUUAGAGACAUUUUGGACAAAGUGAAUAUGCAUUCUGCAAGCUGUAGCAGCACAACAGGUGCCCACUGCAGCACUUUCACAACCAAUCAGGAUGCUGCUUCUGGAGUGAAAUGUUCAACUGAUAAUUGUAGCUUUUAUAGAAAAUUUUAUUCAACAUACAUUUUCAGCAAAAAGGCAAUAUACAGGAAUAGUUGUCGUACACUGCUGCUACACGGAGGAAUUAGACCGGGAAAAAAAAAAAAAAAA